UUGCUGAUCGCGCGCGUCCGGUUGUCUCACUUGCUGGUCUACCGCCGUAUAAAACGUCGCCAAUCUGCCGAUCCACCUAGUUCCCACCAUCUCCAUCCAUUCCUCUCCAAGGACCAAGUCCAGGGGUUGAAGAAAUGGCGGCUAAUGAUAGCAGCGCAGGCCGCAAGUUGACGGUCGCAUCGCCCAAGAGCAACGUACCAGCCGGGGCCAUUCCACGGAGGGCCAACUUCGUCCUCGGCGGCCUCGCUGGGUGCACAGCAGUGUUUGUUACCCAGCCUCUCGAUCUCAUCAAGAAUCGUAUGCAGCUCAGCGGAGAGGGAGGGGCAGUGAGAGAGCACAAGACAAGUUUCCACGCCAUAUCCAGGGUGAUUCGCAGCGAGGGUGUUCUGGGUCUCUACAACGGGUUGUCAGCAGGACUGCUGAGGCAAGCCACGUACAGUACCACCAGACUUGGCAUCUAUCAGUCUCUCUAUGACAAAUUCACUGGACCUGAUGGAAAGCCUCCAAAUUUGCUGAUGAAACUUGGAAUGGGUGUGACGGCUGGUGGGAUUGGUUCAUUCAUUGGUACUCCAGCUGAGAUCUCUCUCAUCAGAAUGACCUCUGAUGGCAGGCUACCAGUGGCAGAGCGGAGGGGAUACACCAGUGCUUUCAACGCACUGUUCCGUAUUUCCAGAGAAGAGGGAGUGCUGACUCUUUGGAGGGGCUGUGGUCCCACCAUGGUAAAGGGCUAUGGUAGUGAACGCUGCACAACUAGGAACCUACUCCCAAGCCAAACAAUUCCUUCUGGGUCUAGAUUCCUUCUCUGACAACAUCAUAUGUCAUUUCUGUGCCAGUAUGAUCAGUGGUCUUGUCACCACUAUUGCGUCCAUGCCAGUCGACAUUGCCAAGACCAGAAUACAGAAUAUGAAGAUAAUUGACGGGAAACCAGAGUAUUCAGGGUCACUGGAGGUUCUUGGUAAACUGGUCAAGAGGGAAGGGUUCUUCAGUCUCUGGAAGGGGUUCACUCCCUACUACGCCCGCCUCGGUCCCCACACCGUUCUCACGUUUGUCUUCCUGGAGCAGUUCAGACGGCUCUACUACAACUACAGCAGAGGAGGAGGUGGUGGUUCCUUCAUGACCGGAUAGUUCAUAACCCCUCUAAUAAUUAUCUGUCCAAGUCCAUCAUCAUAACAGAUAUUAUAGCUCUAUCAUGUAGUUCUUUUCCCCGUUUUAACAAUUUCUUCAAGUAUGCUUUCACUGAUGGUGUGUUUUUUGUUGCUAUAGUUUAUCUGGUUAUUCUGCACAAAAACUGGGUGCUGAAUGCUGCCAUAAUAGCUG